UUGCGAUUCAAAGAGUGGCCGUAGUACUCUUUAUAUUAUUAUAUUUUUUGCGAUUCCUUAAGACCAAUGCCUGAUGAUUCAAAAAUAAAGAAAAAAAGUACUGAGCAAAGUGAAUCCGGGCUUAGGGUAGUUAUUCUUGGCCCUCCAGGAGCUGGAAAGGGGACUCAAGCUCCUAAUCUCGUUGAAAAGUAUAAAAUAUGUCACUUAGCCACUGGAGACAUGCUCAGGGCUGCCGUUAAAGCUGGAACAAGUCUUGGCAUCAAGGCUAAAGCCAUAAUGGAUGCUGGUAAACUCGUGGACGACGAUACCAUGGUUAACUUGAUUAAAGAAAGUCUUAAAAAAGAAGAGUGUCAACAUGGUUUUGUUCUAGACGGUUUCCCGCGUACUGUUAUGCAGGCUGUUAAAUUGGACGAAAUGCUUGAUGAGAGAAAAACGCCCCUAGACUCGGUUAUUGAGUUAAAAAUAGACGACUCCUUGUUAGUUAAAAGGAUAUUAGGAAGGCUUGUGCAUCCUUCAAGCGGAAGAUCUUACCACACUGAUUUCAAUCCUCCCAAGCAAGACAUGCUCGACGACAUUACUAAAGAGCCAUUAGUCCGCCGCACUGACGACAAUGAAGAGACUCUAAAGAAAAGACUGAAAAUCUAUCACCGACAGACAUACCCCCUAUGCGCUUAUUAUUUAGGUAGAAAAAUUUUAACGCAGAUAGACGCCUCAUCCCCUCCAAACGUGGUGUGGGAAAAUAUUCAAGCAGUAUUUUCGGAGCUUGAAAAUGUUUGUCAGAAAAAAAAAACUCUUAUGUAUAAUACGUUUAUUGGAAGUUAAAGUUUUACCCAUUACAUAAAUAAAGCCUAAGCCGAGCUUAUUAGAAAAUA